AUCUAAUAAACUACUAACUUCCGGCAAAUUACACUAAGCAAAAUUGCUCGCUUGAUAAGGUAAACGCAUACAUUAUUUCCCUAAUGUUGAUAAUUUUAUUCUUGAUCUUAUAAAAUAAGAUAUCGAAAAGUGAUGGACCAAGUUAUAGAAACGUUUAAAAAGGCAGACUGCGUGUGUUUCGAUGUAGAUUCGACCGUUUGUACAGACGAGGGAGCUGAUGAACUUGCGGCUUUUAUGGGAGUGGGUGAACAGGUUGCUAACCUCACAAACCAGGCUAUGGGUGGCUCAAUGACAUUUCGAGAAUCUUUAGAAAAAAGACUAGAUAUUAUGAAACCUGAUAGGAGCACUUUACAGAAAUUCGUUACAUCUCGACCCCCUUCAUUAACUAGCGGGAUUAAGGAAUUGGUGAAACGAUUGCAAGACAAGCAAGUGGUUGUAUAUCUUGUUUCUGGUGGAUUCAAGACCAUAAUUGAGCCUGUAGCCGAUUCUUUGUUAAUACCAAGAGAGAAUAUUAUAGCGAAUGAAUUUAUUUUCAAUGAUGACGGAAGCUAUAAGGACUUUGAUAGAAAUGCACCAACAAGCGCUUCCGGUGGAAAAUGUCGAGUUAUUGAACAGUUAAAGGCAUCCUAUUCAACUAUUGUACAUAUUGGCGAUGGUGUAACAGAUAUGGAAGCCUCUCCACCUGCUGACGCGUUCAUUGGCUUUGGAGGUAAUAAAGUACGUGAAGCUGUUAAAAAAGAAUCCAAGUGGUUCGUCAUGUCAUUCGAUGAACUCUUGAAAGUUUUAUGA